AUGCUACUCCAACCUUUGAGCCUCGCGGCCGCGGCCCUGACAUCUGCUGCUGCGGUGGGAGCUGCACCCUCGACACCCCAACGUCCCAGCGAUGCCCGAAUCCUCCAGGCGCUGGCGGGGACGUAUACACUCGUGAAUACCAGCAGCACGCUAAACAACGUCCCCGUCCCCGACCUCGCGUACGGCGCCGCCCCCGUCGGCCUCCUCACCUACACAGCAGCCGGGUACAUGAGCGCGACCAUCACAGCCACAGAACCCGAACUGCGCCCCUCGCACCUAAUCUUCCCCUUCCGCGCCAACGACAGCGACAGCGACUGGGCGCUCGUGGGCAAGCACAGCAUCGGGUACGCGGGCCCGUUGCGCAUCAGCACCGACGUGCCGGCCAACGAGACGCAGGGCCAGGUGUUUCAUGGGCCGUUGACGGUGGCGAAUGUGCCAAGUUGGGCGGGACAAAGCCAGAGGCGGAACUAUACGAUUGUGGACCGGAUGGAAGAGGGCAGGAGGGAGCGGUAUUUGCGGAUUGGGAGUGAGAGGGGGAAUGGGAAUAGGGGAGUGCUUUGGUGGAGGAAGAUUGCUUGA